AUGGAUUUGGAUGCUAAAGCUGUGAUGCGUUUCCGAGUCUUCAUUGCACAGGAGAACUUCGACAGUGUGAAGAGGGUCAGCAAACACCGGGCGACUUUCAUCCAAGAUCCGUCUUAUUUUCAGCACCCUUUAAGGUUCCAACGGCAUGAUAGAAUCCUUGUCCCCCUGGAUAAUAUGUGCUAUGACUGUCCCGUGGGCAUAAACGAGAGGACAGGAGAGGUCGGGAACCUGUGCCUGGAUCGUGUAACGCCAGCUGAAGGAAUACAACAAUUUCGAAUCCAUGGCGUUUUUAAAGAGUAUGGGACCACCAAACCCAUUAAAACGUCGAAUGUUAACCACCACCAUUCGAAUAUCGAAGAGUUCCCUCCUGCGAAUCUCUAUGAACCUCGAUGGCAAUUCCACUACGGCGACCCAUUUUUAUUACGCCCCGACUUUAAUUUGACAAAUUCUGGCCAACGGGAUGUUGAAGGAAUAAGAAAAGUUAACGUCUUCAACUUACGAACCGGUGAACCUUUAAGUGUUCCCUUAACUAAAAUUCGACUUCACGCGAAUUACAAGUUCAAGGGUUCUGAGAUACGGGGAUCACAGAAGGGAAUUGGGAGCUUGGGUACACAGUUCCACGCUGGACAGUUACUGACUGUUGCGAUACUCGGUGGACGGAAUGUCCGACUUGGUGGGAGGACCACACGUUCACUACUAUUCUGUCUUGCUACGGGGACCGGAGUCCCUUCCUGGGUACUUGAGAACCAAUUGGAGCCUCUGGAUAGAGAUUUUAUGAGCUUCGCCAACCAUACCACUCAUUGGUUAAUAUCAGAUAUGGAAGACGAGACCCAGGAUGAUCUACAAGGCCUCGGCCUUCAAGAUCUCAAUUUACAGGUCGUAUACGCAAAUUUUCGAAAUUCAGCAAAUCCAAAUGGUUCUCGGGCCAACUAUCUGCAAGGACAGGUGUUCAGAGGAUAUGACUCUGAUCUGGAGGACGCUCCCCACAGCGAACAUGAAAGCGAGGACGGUGAUAUCCAAUCUAGGGGGAGACAACCCCCAGCCCCAUCGUGCAGCCGUAACGAUAUGGGGAACUCUCGAGGCCGUCGAGAUGGUCGAAUCGUUCUUCAGAGGACUCGACAAUCACCGGUUGGCAGCGAGAUACAUGAACUCAGAAGAGCCCAUUUGGACCCCAGCAGCCAGGGGAUACGAAUAGACUCAACUCCCGUUCAGCCAGAAAGUAAUGUCAAUAUACAAAGGGGAAGAAACCCUACAUCUCGGUCCCCCCAUCAUCCACUACACCCCGAAGAACGAAUGGGUCGUCCCCGUGGACCACGUCCCUCACAUUUAGCGCCCCCGCCCAACCACCUCGAAUUCUUGGGGGACCGACUAGAGGAGGAAAGUGAACGAUACAACGGGAUGGACUUCGCAAGGUACAGCUCAAGAGAGAGAGAUCCUUACGAUGACGAAUCAGUGCGGGGGGAUUCUCCCCAUGGAAGCAAUCAAGAUAGGUAUGACGAAGCAUUUGCCUACAUGAGAUUUGGGGGCCCCGGGCCCGCUGCCGAACCAAUGGACAGAGAACAUUCGAACCUGCAGUAUCAACGAAAUUAUCCACGACGUUCUCCUCCCGUUGGUGACGGCUAUUGA